AUGACAGACCAAUUUGGAGUUGUUUAUGGUGCUUCAUUGCUUCUUGGCGGUAUAGUUGGCUAUAUUCGUCGUCGUAGUAAUAUUUCACUUUUAGCUGGUCUUUUCUUUGGUGCUUGGUCUAUUUACAAUGCAACACAUCCUACACGUCAAAAUUAUGUUGCUAAUUUUGCUAUUGCUGCAAGUCUCGGUAUUCUAAUGUUAAUACGCUUUUUGAAUAGUCGUAAAUGGUUUCCAGCUCUUAUUAUUGUUGGUUUAUCAAGUGUACUAGCCUAUCGAAAUUAUCCUUAUCUCAAAUAA